AUGAACGACCCAAUCGCCGACGCAAAAGCCCAAGAGGCAACGCGCAACUACGAAUUCCGCAUCGCAACACCCGACGACAUUCCCGCGCUCCAACAAAUGAUAGGCGAUUCCCUCCGCGCACUGGGCAAAGGAUACUACACGGAAGCCGAACUCGACGGCUCAAUAGGCUACCUCUUCGGCCCUGAUUCAGUCUUAAUCCACGAUCAAACAUACUACAUCCUCCACCCAACCUCACAGCCCACGACCAUCUGCGCCUGCGGCGGCUGGUCCUUCCGCAAAACCCUCUACGGGGGGGACUCUGCGCCCUCUGUGCUGCGCAUGCCCGCGAAGCGCGACCCCUCGGUCGAGCGCGCCAGCAUCCGCGCCAUCUUCACGUCGCCGGCGUAUGCGCGGCGCGGGCUCGGCACGAUGAUGAUGCGGCACUGCGAGCGCGCGGCGCAGCAAGGCAAGGCCGGCGAGACACUGGGGUUCAGCCGCUUGGAAAUGGGGGCGACGCUGAGUGGGGUGCAGUUGUAUGAGAGGUGUGGCUAUGUGAGGAGUGGCCGCGAGGAUGUGGUCACGUGUCCGAAUGGCGAGGGCAUUAGGAUUUUGCAUAUGACCAAGGAUUUGGAGGAGGAGGAGGCGGAUGCGCCGUGA